CCUGAAUCCCACCACCCCCAUCCACCUUCAACCCCUCCAAGAUGGACUGAACCAGGCUGCUGGCCCGAUGGACAAGCAGGAUACCAAGGUGAUGACCGCCCCCAAGGAAGGCCUGUACUGUGACUAGAGGAAGGGGCUGUCCCCCAUCGACCCCGCCCAGCCACCAUGAAUACCUCAGCCCCACCCGCCGUCAGCCCCAACAUCACCGUCCUGGCACCGGGAAAGGGUCCCUGGCAAGUGGCCUUCAUCGGGAUCACCACGGGCCUCCUGUCACUGGCCACGGUGACCGGCAACCUGCUGGUACUCAUCUCCUUCAAGGUCAACACGGAGCUCAAGACGGUCAACAACUACUUCCUGCUGAGCCUGGCCUGUGCCGACCUCAUCAUUGGCACCUUCUCCAUGAACCUCUACACCACGUAUCUGCUCAUGGGCCACUGGGCUCUGGGCACGCUGGCCUGUGACCUCUGGCUGGCCCUGGACUACGUGGCCAGCAACGCCUCGGUCAUGAACCUGCUGCUCAUCAGUUUUGACCGCUACUUCUCCGUGACCCGGCCCCUGAGCUACCGCGCCAAGCGCACACCCCGCCGGGCGGCCCUGAUGAUCGGCCUGGCCUGGCUGGUUUCUUUCGUCCUCUGGGCCCCAGCCAUCCUCUUCUGGCAGUACCUGGUAGGGGAGCGGACGGUGCUGGCCGGGCAGUGCUAUAUCCAGUUCCUGUCCCAGCCCAUCAUCACCUUUGGCACAGCCAUGGCUGCCUUCUACCUCCCCGUCACGGUCAUGUGCACGCUCUACUGGCGCAUCUACCGGGAGACAGAGAACCGGGCCCGGGAGCUGGCGGCCCUGCAGGGCUCCGAGACGCCGGGGAAGGGGGGCGGCAGCAGCAGCAGCUCAGAGAGGUCCCAGCCAGGGGCUGAGGGCUCCCCGGAGACCCCUCCAGGGCGCUGCUGCCGCUGCUGCCGGGCCCCCCGGCUGCUCCAGGCCUACAGCUGGAAAGAGGAGGAGGAGGAUGAAGGCUCCAUGGAGUCCCUCACGUCCUCGGAGGGUGAGGAGCCCGGCUCUGAGGUGGUGAUCAAGAUGCCCAUGGUGGACCCCGGGGCGCAGGCCCCCCCCAAGCAGCCGCCCCGGAGCUCCCCGAAUACGGUCAAGAGGCCGACCCGGAAGGGGCGUGAGCGAGCGGGCAAGGGCCAGAAGCCCCGUGGGAAGGGGCAGCUGGCCAAGCGGAAGACCUUCUCGCUGGUCAAGGAGAAGAAGGCGGCUCGGACCCUGAGCGCCAUCCUGCUGGCCUUCAUCCUCACCUGGACACCGUACAACAUCAUGGUGCUGGUGUCCACUUUCUGCAAGGACUGUGUCCCCGAGACCCUGUGGGAGCUGGGCUACUGGCUGUGCUACGUCAACAGCACCAUUAACCCCAUGUGCUACGCGCUCUGCAACAAGGCCUUCCGGGACACCUUCCGCCUGCUGCUGCUCUGCCGCUGGGACAAGCGUCGCUGGCGCAAGAUCCCCAAGCGCCCCGGCUCUGUGCACCGCACCCCCUCCCGCCAAUGCUGA